AUGAAGGGAAGACAGAUGAAGGAGUGCAAGUGCGCAGAGCUGGAAGAGGAACUUAAAAAUGUGACAAACAAUCUCAAGUCACUGGAAGCCCAGGCUGAGAAGUACUCCCAAAAGGAAGACAAAUAUGAAGAGGAGAUCAAACUGCUGACUGACAAACUAAAGGAGGCUGAGACCCGUGCCGAGUUUGCAGAGCGCACCGUAGCAAAGCUGGAGAAGACCAUCGACGAUUUAGAAGAUAAACUGUGCCAAACCAAAGAGGAGAACAGCAAUAUGCACCGGAUGUUGGACCAGACUCUGCAGGAGCUCGACCAUUUAUGAAGCGUUGCUGUUUGCUUGGUCGUUGCCUGGCUUGCCUUGACUCCCCUCCCUGUGCCCGCCGUUGCCCCAUACCUCAAAUACCAACCCUGUGCCCCCACUCCUACGCUCCCCUUUUCCCCAGUCUCUAACCCCUGUGUCAAAGGUCACCCAUGUUGCCACGUGAAGCAUUUGGCAGGGCGGGUGGUCACAAUGGAGGACAGAAGAUCACUGGGUGCUGAAUCUAUCUUGAUAAUGCAGUCUUUUACUUUUUUUUAAUUAAUUUUCUUCCUCGUCUCAAAGCUUUUUAUUCUAACGGAGCCAAAGUUUCCCCUAAGCUGUAUGGGUCCUCCCCUCACUCCAUGUUCCCGACCUGAGAAUGGAGAGGGUGGGUGACGGAGGUGGCGCUUUUGGGGAAAUCCCAGGGAUGCGGGUGUAAGGUGGCGAGAUGUAGGAGAGCACUGAGCUGCGAAGAAUUCCAGUCGGUCUAUUUGGCACCAUCACUGACCGGGCCUUCAAGCCCUCCCCCAAAUGAACUGGUUUGGAUCUGAACGUCUGUCUGUCUUCCCCCUUCACACCCACCGCCCCAAGUCUUCCUCAUGCAGUCUCAGUCUGAGACAGAAAUGGCGCGCCACCUUAUGGAACCUGGUUAACAGACUGCUCACAACAGAUCGCCCACCAGCUACCUGCAGCAUCAACCCCCUGACUUACUCCUUGGACAGACACAGCGCCAAGGAGUUGUCUACAUUGGCACCCGGCAGCCAAAGCUUAAACCCUCUCCAGCCCCUCAUGUCUUCCCCCCCACUCCCCCCGAGUGCCAGGCAUGAACGGACUCUCUCCCAGCCUGAUUUCUUGAGCGUUGCCCUAAGUAGAUUCACAAGGCCGUGUUGGGGAGACGGACCACCCAUAACCCAGGCCACCAGCAACCUUUCUCAACCUGCUGCCGAAGCCAGUCUCUGUCGUGCUGCGCGAGAGUCCAGUGCCAUUUCAACCGGCCAGUAUGGAGAUCGUUAGUGUUCCCUCAGCACUGCCCCAAUCCCAGUUUGAGCUGCCGUUGCCUCCCCACUUAAAUCUAACGGGCUGGUUUGUCCGAAUUGGCCUGGAAAGAUCGACAGACAGAAGCAGUUCACUCAGUGGCGCUGCCCCCUCACCCCCUGUGGACAGAUGUGUUUUUCAACUGUCGUACUGGCACCCCUCUCUUUCUCUCUGCCAUUCUGCUGGAGGCUCAGGAUGUGCAUGCACUGCUCAGCCUGGCCCAGGACCUAUCCCGCGCUUCAGGCUGAACUGGUGGUUGCUGUUGGUCCUUGUCACCCAGCUGAGUUUGCGGUGAGGGCAAAAUUAAGGGAAGGAUGGGGGCUCCCAUUCCUAACUGCUGUGCAUCCACCCCCUGCUGAAGUGAGGACCCCCUGCUGAAGGGAUCAAUAUCACCCAAAUAGCAACCAAGGCAGCAGCGACGUAUCCCAGCUAGACUUUGGCGGAGGGUUGAGGCAGGGAGAGAAACCCUCUGUGGCUGUGAGGCAGAGAUGGAUUAUAGAUCAAGUAUCCAGCUCCUCACAACAUGAACCAAGUCACACAGGAAGAGAAGUGUUGUGUCAAGUCUGUACUCAGCUGCCCUUAGAAACGAAUGCAAGCCAACAUUGUCCGUCGUCUCCCUCUCCCACUCAAUGCUUUGCCCUUAUCCUUUCUGGCCUUUCCCCACUGCCAAAGCUCUCGACAUUCAAAAUGUAUAAGCCAAGCACCUGGUCAGGUCCUGACAGAACUUUUUUUUUAAGAAGCAGCUACGAUAUUUUUAUACUCAGGUCUUAGAUAUAAAGGAGAAGGUAUUUAUUUGAAAUUGUGUGUAAAAAAUGAAUUCAAUUAGACCCAGCUCCUCUGCAAGAGAAACAUCAGGAUUUGAAAUGUGCAUAAUUUGAUCAUGGGCCAAGCAACUGGAUCUGUCCUCAGGAGAAUAAAAAUUGAUGUAAUGAUUUGUUUUUGUUAAAAAAAAAAUAUUUUACAGGAAAGGACCAAUCUCUGGUAGUUGUUGCAAUGUGUUCUGACAAGCUUUGAGUUUAAUAAAGCAUAUCUGCUCUAGA